GAAUCUUCUUUCUUGUUCCGGGGUUCCCCCUUUUUCAAAGUCUUUGUUUAUUUUUUCUGGAUUAUUGGGAGCCCUUUUCUUCUGUAUCUCUUUCUGGAAGCUGCUUUAUUCCCCCUUUUUCUUGAAAACUUUUCCGAAUAUAUGUGAUUCUCGUGUGUGGAAGAAAUACACGAUGAAUCUGAAGUUUGGUAGUAGUUUGUUUCUGGGAUAAGUUUCUCCUUCAAAUUUGGAAAGAUUUGUGUCUCUUUUUCAUGCAUUAAUGAUGACUGCAUAAGUUCCUUGAAUUCAGCUCACUGCCCUGAAACUCCCUUUUCAUUCGUUGAAUCUGAUUUUUCUUUACUUGGACAAUAUCCUCCUACUUCCUCAACUUCCUUCCUAUAUAUUGAUUAACAAUCCAGCAUUUAUUGUCAGCAAAUACGUAGGAUCUUCCUUUCUGUGUUUUCACUGAACCUUUUUUGCUUUUUAUUUUUUUUUUCUUGAACAGAGACUCACUUCUGUUUCUUUCUAUUCAAUUCUUCAUUUCUUGCUCAACUUUUCAGUUGACCCGCGUCAAAAUUGAACACCUUUCCGUCCAGAAAGAUUGUGAGGAUGUUAUAUUACCUUGCUUGAUUGAAAUUGCUAAUAUGUUGGAAAGAAUGGAUGAGAGAUUGGAUCCAGUAGCAGUGAUAGAAGAAUUCGAGGCGUUGACGAGAGAUGCAGGGAGAAUUCAGAGGGAGACCCUUCAGAAAAUCUUGGAAGAAAAUGGUGAAACAGAGUACUUGCGGAGAUGGCGUCUCAAUGGAAGAACAGACCCUGAUACUUUCAAGGCCUGUAUUCCCCUUGUCUCUCACAAGGACUUGGAACCUUACAUUCAGUGUAUUGCUGAUGGCAAAAAUCCGUCCGUGCUCACUGGGAAACCAAUAACUACCAUUUCAUUGAGUUCUGGAACUACUCAUGGGAAGCCCAAGUUUGUACCUUUCAAUGAUGAAUUGAUGGAGAGCACAAUGCAAAUAUUCAAGACUUCUUUUGCGUUCAGGAACAGGGAAUAUCCAAUUGGGAAUGGGAAGGCAUUACAGUUCAUUUAUAGCAGCAAGCAAUUUAAAACAAAAGGGGGUCUAACCGCUGGAACUGCCACGACCAAUGUAUACCGCAACGCCCAGUUCAAGAAAACAAUGAAAGUAAUGCAGACACCAUGCUGCAGCCCUGAUGAGGUGAUCUUUGGACCUGAUUUUCACCAAUCAUUAUACUGUCACCUUUUAUGUGGACUAAUUUUCCGAGACGAAGUUCAAGUUGUUUCCUCCACGUUUGCCCAUGGCAUUGUCCAUGCUUUCAGAACUUUUGAACAAGUCUGGGAAGAACUUGUUACUGAUAUCCGAGAAGGGUCCCUGAGCAGCCGAAUUACAGUCCCAUCAAUUCGAACAGCUAUAGCAAGGCUUCUCAAGCCAGACCCUGAAUUGGCUGAUUCAAUUUAUAGCAAGUGCGCGGGGUUAAGCAAUUGGUACGGAUUAAUUCAAGAGCUAUUUCCAAAUACCAAGUACAUAUAUGGGAUAAUGACGGGUUCCAUGGAACCGUAUCUGAAAAAAUUGAGGCACUACGCUGGAGAGCUACCUUUACUAAGUGCAGAUUAUGGAUCUUCCGAAGGAUGGAUUGGAGCAAAUGUCAAUCCUAAAUUACCCCCAGAGUUGGCCACCUUUGCGGUGCUUCCGGAUAUUGGUUAUUUUGAAUUUAUCCCUUUGAAAGAGGAUAUUAGCGAGCAUGAGCAAGAGAGGCCCUGCAAACUGUCUGCCGAGCCCCAGCCUGUUGGGCUAACAGAAGUCGAAGUAGGAGAGGAGUAUGAGAUCAUUCUCACCAAUUUUGCAGGAUUGUAUCGUUACAGGUUAGGCGACGUAGUCAAGGUUAAAGGCUUCUACAACUCAACUCCUGAGCUCCAAUUUAUCUGCCGCAGAAAUCUUCUGCUCACCAUCAACAUCGACAAGAACACAGAGAAGGAUCUACAGUUAGCAGUAGAAGCAGCAGCCAAGCUGCUAGCCGAGGAAAAACUAGAGGUUGUUGACUUCACCAGCCGUGUGGAUUUUUCAACAGAACCCGGACACUACGUCAUCUUCUGGGAAAUAAGUGGGGACCCUCGUGCCGAGAUUCUCCAGGAGUGCUGCAACUGUCUGGACAGAUCGUUCAUCGAUGCUGGAUAUGUGAGUUCGCGAAAGGUGAAUACCAUUGGACCCCUGGAACUCAGAAUCGUGAAGAGGGGAACCUUUCACAAGAUAUUGGAUCACUACGUAGGACUAGGAGCCGCUGUUAGCCAGUUCAAGACACCCCGUUGCGUUGGGCCGACCAACAGUACCGUGCUGCAAAUACUGUCUCUAAAUGGCGUCAAGAGCUACUUUAGCACUGCGUUUUAGUUGAAUGUAUGUUGGAAUUUGCUACUUCUCUUGUGGUAUAAGCUGUCUGUUACUAGGUUGUAUGCGCAGCAAUGCACUCUUAAUAAAAGAUUACAAAUUGUUUUCGUA